UUUUAUUAAAAUGAUUUUUAUUAAUUUUUGUGUUUUAUGUUAUUGUGACGUCGAUUACGUAAUGUGGUGACCCGUACUAUGAAAUGUAGGUGAAUCACGUGGUCGGUCGAGAAACACGUUGUUGACAUGGUUCGCGGCACUUUUUUGGUUAUUUAACGACUCGAUAGGGAUAAUAAACGCGAAUAACAUGGCUAGAUGAAAAGGCUAAUAAAUAAGAGAAAUGGACGUGAAUAAAUCUGUGAAAGCUUUUAUCUUUGAUGAUGAUAAUACGGGUGAAACACUUGUCAUGACUGUUUACGAGUACGUUGAUCCUUCUUAUGGGAUGUAUAUUUGGCCGAGUUCACCUGUAUUGGCACAGUAUGUAUGGCAUAACAGAAAUUUCAUCAAAGAUAAAACAGUUUUAGAGAUAGGUGCUGGCACAGCACUUCCAGGACUUACAGCUGCCAAGUGUGGUGCAUGUGUAUACUUGACUGAUAGUGCCUUUUCACCAAAAUGCUUUGAACUGUGCAGAGAUAAUAUUCAAACAAAUGAUUUGAAAGAGAAUGAUAAUCUUAAAAUAUUCAGUUUAACGUGGGGCAUGUUCUGUCCAAACAUUUUAACUUUGAAGCCUGUUGAUAUUAUCUUGGGAUCAGAUUGCUUUUAUGAUCCAGAUGUGUUUGAAGCCAUCCUUGUCACAAUUUCUUUUAUCUUUACAAAAUAUCCAAAAGCAAGAUUUUGGUGUACGUAUCAAGAAAGAAGUGCUGAUUGGACAAUUAGACACUUAUUGAAGAAAUGGAAUUUAUCUUGUCGUGCUAUAUCUUUAGAAUCAUUUGAUGCAGAAGGAGGAAAUAUUGCUGGAUCUAACAUGCCAGGAAGACAUGAAAUUAGAAUGUUUGAAAUAGCAAAAGAACAUCAAGAAUCUGAUUAAAUUGUAAAUUCUUUCAUAUUGAAAAGAAAUUCAAGAUACACUUGUUAAGGAAUCUCCUCAAAUGUCAAUCCAAUUCAAACUGCUUUUAUUGGAGUGAAACUUUUUAGAAAACUUUAUGCUUUUAGGCUAUGUACCCAUCUUCAGGAGUCAAAGAAUCUUUUCCCUCCUUAGUCUGAAUCAUUUGAAAUUUCAAAAAGAUUUUUGUUCCAUGUAAACCGAGUUGGACUUAAAAUCAUUCCAUCAUUAAAAAAAAAA